AUGCUCGGACUCUACUGUGGUGGAAUACUUAAGAACAAAGCUCAUAUCAAACGUAAGGCAGAUCCAAAAUUCAGAGCUCGAAUUUUAAGAACUAGAAUGCUUCAUGAUCCUAUUAGAGGAGCACCUCAAGCCAAAGGAAUUGUUCUGGAAAAGAUAGGAUUAGGAGCUAAACAGCCUAAUUCAGCCGUUAGAAAAGCUGUUCGUAUUCAGUUGAUUAAGAACGGGAAGAAGAUCACUGCUUAUGUCCCUAAAGACGGUAUGCUUAAUAGUAUUGAGAUUAACGAUACAGUAACAGUUGAAGGUUUUGGUAAUCGAGGAAGAUCAAAGGGAGAUAUUCCAGGGAUUUCUUUCAAAGUCAGUAAGAUAGGGGAUGUUUCUCUUAUGGCUAUCUAUCUGGGUAAGAAGGAGAAGACCUCAAGAUAA